GCAGCGCCAUUCAACCCACCGCGGUAGUUUCCCGUAGUGAAAAAGUUUGUUUUUCCGGCUUUUUACGGUGAAAAUAAGUAAAGAAUCCGUGCAAAAAGAACUACAAGAAUUGAAGAUGAAUGCCCUGAUUCUGGACAAUGGGGCACAUAUGGCAAAAUUAGGAUAUUCCAAGAAUGACCAACCAAAGGUCAUCCCAAAUUGCAUUAUGAAGGCAAAAUCUGAACGGCGAAGACCUUUUAUUGGUGAUCAGAUUGAUGAAUGCCGCGAUGUAUCGGGAUUGUACUACAUUCUCUGCUUCCAACGGGGAUAUCUCGUAAAUUGGGAUAUUCAGAAGACUGUUUGGGACUACAUGUUCAGCUCAGAGUGUUGCAAUGUAAAUUUCACAGACAAUCCCCUCGUUGUCACGGAGCCCCUAUUCAAUUUUCACUCAAUUCAAGAAGCCAUGUCUGAGAUUUUCUUUGAAGAGUACGAAUUUAAGCGAAUGUUCCGGACAACUGCAGCCGAUUUGGCGGCUUUCAACUACCUCAAGGGUUUCAAGAAGCAACCGAAACCCCUGGCGUGUCUUAUCAUUGACAUGGGAUACAGUUUCACGCACAUGGUGCCCUUUAUCAAGGGGAGGAAGCAAAAAUCCGCCAUCAGGAGAAUUGAUAUUGGCGGCAAAGUGCUCACAAAUCAUCUCAAGGAGAUUGUCUCGUACAGGCAGCUCAAUGUGAUGGAUGAGUCGUAUGUGAUUAAUCAGGUGAAGGAGGAUUCGUGCUUUGUCUCCCAGAAUUUUAUUGGGGACAUGAAGACUGCCCGGAAGCGUCAUCCGGAGAAUACAAUAAUUCGCGAAUACAUUCUGCCGGACUUUACAACAAUCCGACGAGGUUACCUGCGUGAACCAACACGAGAUAGUGCUGACCUACAGACGCUGGUACUGAAUAAUGAGAGAUUUUCCAUUCCUGAACUAUUUUUCCAUCCGUCAGACAUUGGAAUUCAGCAAAUGGGUGUUCCUGAGGCAGUUCUGGAUGCCAUAGCUGCAUGCCCACCGGAGACAGCUGAACACCUCCUGGCCAAUAUUGUAGUUUGCGGAGGAUCAGCCCAAUUUUCCGGGAUGGGAGCACGGCUACAAAGUGAAAUACGUGCUCUUGCACCGGAAGAGUACAAAGUUUGCGUGCGAAUUGCCGAGAAGGCAACAUCAUUCGCCUGGCAGGGUGGGAAGCAACUCAGCCAGGAGGACGAUUUCCCCAAACUCUGCGUGUCACGAGAAGAGUACGAGGAAGAAGGAAAUAGGAUUAUCAUUGACAAAUUCGACGUGCCGGAAGUUGUGGAGUUAGUUUAAUAAAAUUUCUCAAAAGAAAAUGUAA